CGCGUUCUAGCUCCGCUCUCCCUCCGUCUCUCUCCGCGUGCAGCUCUCGUUCCCUCUGCGCGCGCCAUGGCUCACGUCGCCGACACCAAGCUAUACGACCUUCUCGGUGUGUCGCCCAGCGCCUCCGAGAACGAGCUCAAAAAGGCUUACCGGAAAUUAGCAAAAGAAUAUCAUCCUGACAAGAACCCAAAUGCUGGAGACAAGUUCAAGGAGAUCAGCUUUGCGUAUGAAGUUCUAUCAAACCCAGAGAAGAAGGAGCUGUAUGACCGCUAUGGAGAGCAGGGGCUGCGGGAAGGGGGCUGCGGAGGUCCUGGAAUGGACGACAUCUUUUCCCACAUUUUUGGUGGUGGCCUCUUUGGCUUCAUGGGUGGUCACAGUCGCAGCCGGAAUGGUGGGCGGCGGAGAGGAGAGGACAUGGUCCACCCUCUCAAGGUAUCCCUCGAAGACUUAUAUAACGGCAAAACAACCAAAUUACAACUAAGCAAGAAUGUUCUGUGUAGCACUUGUAACGGCCAGGGCGGAAAGAGUGGUGCAGUCCAGAAGUGUACAACCUGUAGGGGACGUGGUAUGCGCAUCAUGAUCAGACAGCUGGGUCCUGGCAUGGUCCAACAGAUGCAGUCCGUCUGCACUGACUGCAGUGGUGAAGGUGAGGUGAUCAGUGAGAAGGACCGCUGUAAAAAGUGUGAGGGGAAGAAGGUGGUGAAGGAGGUGAAGAUUCUGGAGGUGCAUGUAGACAAGGGCAUGAGGCACGGGCAGAAGAUCACCUUUGGAGGGGAGGCAGACCAAGCGCCAGGCGUGGAGCCUGGAGACAUCGUCCUUGUCCUGCAGGAGAAAGAUCAUGAGACGUUCAAAAGAGACGGCAAUGACUUGCACAUGACCCAUAAGAUCGGCCUCGUCGAAGCACUUUGUGGAUUUCAGUUCACUCUGAAACAUUUGGAUGGCAGACAGAUUGUGGUGAAGUAUCCAGCUGGCAAAGUCAUCGAGCCAGGUUCCCUCAGAGUUGUGAGAGGGGAGGGCAUGCCACAGUACCGGAACCCCUUCGAGAAGGGCGACCUGUUCGUCAAGUUUGACGUGCAAUUCCCAGACAACAACUGGAUCAGCCUGGAUAAACUAGCAGAACUGGAGGAUUUGCUGCCUACGCGUUCUGAGGCUCCUGUCGUGACCGGAGACACAGAGGAGGUGGACCUGCAGGACUUCGAUAUAAGCCAGAGCUCGUCUGGUGGCCACCGCCGCGAAGCUUACAACGACAGCUCUGAUGACGAGGGCGGUCAUCACGGCCCUGGGGUGCAGUGUGCCCACCAGUAAGCCCGACCAUACCAACCUGUCCGGCUCCAGCAAAGGAGACAAAAAUGUUCUAGUUGCACAACAUCACAGCAAAGGUGUUGUUUUUUUCUUCUGAUCUGAUUGGGGUCUGCCUUAAACAGUGAGAAAUUACACGACCUAUGAUCAGCUGCCUUCCCUGUAGUGAACGCACACAUGAGCCCACCUUUACUCCCCUCUCCUCCCCCACACCCUCCCAUUUAGUCUCCUUACACAGGCAACCCCACAUCAGACGGGGAGAAAAAAGGUAAUUUCUUUUACUUGGUGUGUAUCUUUUUGCAUUUGUUUGUUGUCAUUGUAUUUAGAAUUAAUUUAAAACUAACCACGACAUGCAGUUUUGGCCUCGGACUUGAGCCCCUUUUAUUUGAGAAGAGCAAGUGGGUGAGAAAACGAGAGUAAAAGAGGUCCUUUGGAAUAAAAAAAAGAAAAGAGGAAAAAACACCUUUGGGACAUUUAUGAACAUCAUUUUAGGUUUGUAUGUAUCUGUGCUUGAUUUUUACCACUGUAGAUUUUUACUUUUUUUUUUUCUGUCUAUUAUAUUUUAAAUUUGGAACAAGAGACAACAACAUUGUGUAUAAAAUUAAAGUGAUUAUCAUUUAAGCUUUA